GAAAUGGUACAGUCCACCAACAUUAGCUCAGCUCUCUGCUUGAAUUCCUAUCUGGAUCACACACAGUAAGUGGUUUUCUCGACAAGUUUAGUUUGAUUUCUGUUUUAAAGUCUGCCAUGGACAUAAAAUGUGGGGGGAUAUCCCAUGAGACAAAGGAUGCCGAUGAAAAUGUUCAGCAGAUCUGUGAUAAAGUGAGGCCUGAUGUGGAAGAGAAAGCAGGGAAGACCUAUGAUGUUUUUACAGCCAAGAACUACAAGACUCAGCUUGUAGCUGGGACAAACUACUUCAUUAAGGUCCACAUUGGUGGAGAUGAUUACAUUCACCUCCGUGUUUGGAAAAAACUCCCAUGUUAUGGAGGAGAUCUUAAGCUAUCAGACAUACAGGUCUCCAAGAGCCACCAUGACUCCAUUGAUUACUUUUAAAAGGUUCACAGUCCAGGCACGGGAUCCGGCGGCCAGCAGUGAAGACAUCAAAUCAUCAAUAUCCAGCAACGAUGAGGCAAAGAGAAGCUCAUGUAUUAGUAAAAUACAGCCAUCAGCUUUUGUAAACUGUUUACUCCUCUUUAUCUGUGACAGCUUACUUAGAGAGAAUCUUGAAAUUAACUCCUGCAAAUCACAUGUUUUAUGAUGUGGUUAUUCUGCCACGCUCCCUGCUUUAUGACUUAAAAAUAUGAGCCUGUAAGCAGUUUGGCAAUCCCUGAUCUUUACCAUUAUUUACAUCUCGGUUGCAUCUUGUGACUGAUGUUCCUUAUUGUUUUGCACGCAAUACUCCCUGCAGACAAAUGAUGACUCAUAUGUCUGCAGCUGUUCUUAAGUAUAUUGCAUAUGAAGAACAUACCUCAAUGGAGUGCAGCUUCAUCGGGGUUAUUAUUUUUUUGGAUGUGAAAUUCAACAACUCCUGUAAUGUAAAAGUAAAGGUUUUUUUUUUUUUGGUUCAGUUGUAAGAAUGUAUAAUUGUGGUUGAUAUGAAUGGAAUGGAGGAAUUUUGUCUUAGGCUGUUUAAAGAACUUGGAAAAUUCUGAAAGUUAAUGCUAUUGUGUCAUUUAAUGCUGCAACUCUAUAACAACUCCCUAAUGCUCAACACUCUAUUGUUUUGUCUCUUUAGAUGUCAGGUAACUGAAUAAAACUGGUUCUUUAAAUGCAAA